AUGUCGGCGAUGUGUGUGAGUCCCGGCGUGCGGCAGCGACAGGACCUGCACACCGCGAGCGAGCUGGACCGACGCAUGUGCGACCUUGCCGCGGCGGAGCUGUACGAGCAGAUUCUGCUCGGCUGCGUGCGGGCCGGGCUUGACCCCAAUGCCAAGAGUGAAGUCGAAGAGUACGACGGGUAUGUCCCACCGUCAUUCGAUCCCGUACAGGGCGCCCGCGUGGCGGCAGAGCAGCGCACGCGCCACGCAGAGAUUUACCGUGAGCGGGAGUCUAUCAUUCAGGCACUCCACGCGUCACCGCAGCACCGGCAGCUGUCUGCCUUCGAUCGGCUGCUUACAGAGACGGAGUACUGGACGGGCGUGCGCGAGUGGACCGGCAGCAGCGGCGGUGGCGGUGGCGGUGGCAAAACAAGUCGACUGCGCCGCCGCCACAAGGAAGCAGGGGAAAACGGCGGGGAUUCUGUGGGGUUUGACAUGCUUCACCUCACAGAGACGCCGUCGUACAUUCGCGGCAAGCUGCGGCCGUACCAAAUCGAGGGCGUCAACUGGCUGCUCGGCCUCUUCUCUUGCUGCAUCAACGGCAUCCUCGCCGACGAGAUGGGCCUUGGCAAGACGCUACAGACCAUCGCAACUCUGGCGUACCUCAAGUUCACACACGGUCUCCCAGGGCCACAUCUCGUUGUGUGCCCCAAGUCUGUGAUGGGCAACUGGUACCGCGAGCUCAAGCAGUGGUGUCCGGCACUCAGCGCCUUCAAGUUCCAUGGCCCCAGCGAAAUUCGGCCCCAGCUCAUUAAGUCCCACUUGCAGCCAUACGAGAAAAUUAAGUAUGACGUCAUUGUGACCACGUUUGAGAUGGUGCUAGAGGAGCUACCAACGUUCAAGCGCAUCCACUGGCAGUAUCUUAUUGUGGAUGAAGCGCACAAGCUCAAGAACGAGGAGAGCCGCGCCCAUACCGCACUUGACUCCCUCGUCACGAACCACCGUCUCAUCAUCACCGGUACACCACUGCAGAACAACCUCAAGGAGCUGUGGGCGUUGCUGCACUUCCUCGUUCCACGUCUCUUCGACGACUCAGAAUCCUUUGACGCAUGGUUUGACACAGCAAGCGGGCAUCAGGACAGCAACGCCAUGUCUAACAUGCACAAGAUUCUCGCCCCUCUCAUGAUUCGUCGCCUCAAGUCAGAGGUGAGCACCGGCAUCCCUCCCAAGAAGGAGAUCUACGUCGCAUGCAAGCUGACCAAGACGCAGCGAAAGUGGUACAUGCACGUGCUAGCCAAGGAUGCCGAGGUGCUUAAUAAGGCUUCUGGUGGAAGUGUGUCCUCGCUGACGAACAUUAUGAUGAACUUACGCAAGGUAAUUAAUCACCCAUACAUGAUGGAUGGCGGAGAAGAAGGGCCACCAUUUAUUACAGAUGAACGUAUCGUGAAGCAUAGUGGGAAGAUGAUCAUCCUCGAUAAGUUACUUCACCGACUUCUCCACGAUAAGGCAGAAAAGCACAAGGUCCUCAUCUUCUCGCAGUUCACGUCAAUGCUGGAUAUAUUGGAAGAUUAUUGCGGGAUGCGUGGAUUUAAGGUGUGCCGCAUCGAUGGAAACACAAGCGGAUACGACCGUGACGCCCAAAUGGCGGCAUUUAACUCUCCCAACAGCGACUAUUUCCUGUUCCUCCUCUCCACCAGGGCGGGCGGUCUUGGCAUCAACCUGCAGGCUGCAAACCACGUUGUCAUUUACGACUCCGACUGGAACCCACAGAUGGACCUGCAGGCACAGGACCGCGCCCACCGCAUUGGUCAGAAGCGAGAGGUGCGUGUGUAUCGCUUCGUGACAGAUGGUACAGUGGAGGAGAAGAUUUACCGCCGCGCGCUCAAAAAGCUCUACCUCGACGCGAUGGUGGUGCAGCACGGACGCAUGCAGGGGCGCGGCGGGAAGAAUGUGUCGAAGGAGGAGCUGCUCUCCAUGAUCAAGUUCGGCGCAGAGGAGAUCUUCAAGGCGAAGGACGAGGAUGUCACGGAGGCCGACAUUGAUCGGCUCUUCGAAGGAGAGGAGAAGUCGCGGCAGCUCACAAACGCCGUGAAGGAGCAGGUACAAAUGUCCCUUGCGAGUUUCCAGCUCGGCGCGGAGGAGGCGAAUGUGUACGACUUCGAGGGCGUUAGCUUCAAGGCCGGCGUAGAGUCGCGUAUUGUGCACAUCACACUCGCCACUCCGGUCGCGCAGGAUGAGCUGCACCGGCAGUGCUCGCAGCACGGCGAGGUGACAAAAGUUGUGCUGCACCCCAACCUCACCGAGGCGCUCGUUUUCUUCCGCUCCACCAGCGGCGCCAUUGAGGCAAAAGACAACUUGCCGUAUAAGUGCCAGUUCGCCGCCCGGGAUGCACAGACAGUGGUGCCGACGGAGAUGAUCACGGAGUACCUUACCGUUGGUGAGAAACUCGGUCGCGGGCACCGCGUGCGGGAGGCAAUACAGAAAUAUACAGAGGAAGAAGUCGAGCGCAUGCAGAGUCGCGCCGUCAAGGCACCUCCGCUGCGGCUCCCCAAACGCCCAAAUUUCCCGCCGUAUCAGCUGUACAAUGCCAAGCGGCUGCAGGAACUCCACACAACGGAGGUCGCGUUGAUGGUGCAGAACUGGAAGCGUAAGUACGAGUCCUCGGGAAAUGCCGACAAUGAGCAGCCGCAGCAGGAUAAAGAUAAAGAGGAGCAGAAGAAGGAUCCAAAUGAGGAAGAGGAUGAGACGCUGACAGCGGUGGAGCAGGAAGAACGUGAGCGGCUCCUUAACGAAGGGUUUGCCAAUUGGAGCUUUCAGGAGUAUCGUCGCCUCAUCGCCGCCCUCACCAGCGGCGCACACGACGUCACCGAUUACCCCGCACUUGCAGCAGCCGUCGGCACUGGGAAGACAGUAGGGGAAGUGCGAGAUUACGUGACGACCCUCCUUGAGCGUGGAGCGCAGUGUAUCAAGGGUUUUGUUCGCAUUGAGCAGCGUAUCAAAAAGUCGCAGGACAAGCGAAGGGAGAGGGAGGCCGAACUGCGUGCCGCCAAGUGGAAGGUUGAGAGCUGCGACCACCCGGAGUCGGAGCUCACGUUCAAGGUGCGUGGCACUCCUGAAUUUGACCGCCAGCUCUUCCUCAUGGCAUACGACGCCGGUUUCGGCAUGCAGAACACCGGUGAAGUCAUCAAGGGGAUGCCGGAGAACCGCUUCGACGUGUGGUGCCAGUCGAGGAACGACGCCUACUUUGAGCGGCGGCUGCGGAACCUUCUGCAGUCGGUAAAGAGGGAGUGGGAGAAGCCGAGCAGCGAGGUGGCGGAGCCGGCGUCCCGGCGUCGGAAGCUGGAGGCGCCCCCAAGCGAUUAA